UACUGUCAUGGCGGUGACGAGCUGAAGCUACCGGGGUAGAUCAGGAAGCAAAUGCAGCGUAGCUGGGUCAACGUUGCCAUUUAGCCAAGUGUGCGGAGUUUCCCGAGGAGGAGGAGGGGGUCACCGAGCGGACCUCAGCUCUUUGUCGGCUUUCUCCGGAGCUGCUGGCGGACUUGCUUCCAUUCAGUUUAUGAGUUUUUUUUUAUUAUUAUGCCAAGCGCUACCUGUCAAGUGAGUGGACUCAGUGACAAUAGCAACUUCCACUGCUGUGCGGAGAUAUUAAAGUAUCCUCGCUUGCCGUUUGUGCACAGGAGCACGGGAGGACACAGGUAAAAGGGCGAACUCUUCUUCACCUGCUUCUCCCCUUGUUACCUGCACCACACUUUCCACGGCUUUUAACAGUGUAAAACCCUCCGUGUGGCAUCAAGUUACAGAGCAGGGCAGAGGAGUAGUUCACCGUGGAGAGGAGCACUGACAUUUCCAGCCUCGCGGUGUCAGCGGUCAUCAAAUUCUCUCGUUUUUUACCCACUUUCGAGGCUCUGUUUUUGGAUGGGAGGGAAACGUCUUGCUUAUGUGCCUAUAGACUGUCAACAACUCAGCUGAAGGGGAGAUAAACCCCCCUCCCCCUUUUUUCCCCUCUUCUGACAUCGGCUCCACUGUCACCAUUGGAGGUGAACAGGUGCCUUACCUGUGAACGCCACCUGUCCCGUCCGCUUCCUUAGCAAUGGCUAGCGAGGAGACAGCGGGCGCUGCACCGCCAGGUGAAGGGAAGGACGGGCGACCUGGCGCCGUGGGGCUCAACCCCGGAGUGCCUAUCAGGGGGAUAAGAAUGAAAUUCGCCGUGCUCACCGGCCUGGUGGAAGUUGGGGAAGUUUCCAACCGAGACAUUGUGGAGACGGUGUUCAACCUGCUGGUCGGCGGCCAGUUUGACCUGGAGAUGAACUUCAUCAUCCAGGAACCGGAGAGCAUUGUGUGCAUGGUCGAGCUGUUGGACAAGUGUGAGCCCAACUGUCAGGCUGAGAUCUGGAGCAUUUUCACCGCCAUCCUCAAGAAGAGUGUCCGCAACCUGCAGGCGUGUACUGAAGUGGGCCUCAUUGAGCUUGUGCUCCAGCGUAUAUCCACCAUUGACAGCAUGAUAGCAGACCUGCUGGUGGACAUGCUGGGUGUACUUGCCAGCUACAGCAUCACAGUUAAAGAGCUGAAGCUUUUCUUCAGCAAGCUGCAAGGGGAGCGAGGCCAGUGGCCUCGUCACGCAGUGAAGCUUUUGUCAGUGCUAAAGUACAUGGCUCACAGGAGCGGCCCCGACUCCUUCUUCAGCUUUCCAGGAAAAAAUGCAGCUGCAAUAGCUCUGCCCCCCAUAGCAAAAUGGCCAUAUCAGAAUGGGUUUACAUUCCACACGUGGAUCCGCAUGGAUCCACUCAACAACAUCAAUGUAGACAAAGACAAGCCUUACCUGUACUGUUUCCGUACCAGCAAAGGCAUGGGUUACUCGGCACACUUUGUGGGCGGCUGUUUGAUAGUGACCUCAUUAAAAUCGAAGGGGAAAGGAUUCCAGCACUGUGUAAAGUAUGACUUCAAACCGCAGAAGUGGUACAUGGUGACUCUAGUUCAUAUCUACAACCGCUGGAAAAACAGUGAAAUUGCCUGCUUUGUGAACGGUGAACUGGCUUCCUUUGGAGACAUUGCCUGGUUUGUCAACACCAGCGACACAUUUGACAAGUGUUUCCUGGGAUCGUCUGAGACGGCAGAUAUCAACCGUGUGUUCUGCGGACAGAUGGGGGCAGUGUACCUGUUUGGAGAAGCUCUCAGCGCUGCUCAGAUCCUUGCUAUCUAUCAGCUGGGUCCGGGCUACCAGGGCACAUUCAAGUACAAGGCUGAGAGUGACUUGUUGUUCGCUGAGCAUCAUAAGACCUUACUGUAUGACGGCAAGCUGUCUUCUAGUAUUGCCUUCACUUACAAUCCCCGAGCCACAGAUGCCCAGCUCUGCCUUGAGUCCUCCCCGAAGGACAAUGUCUCCAUUUUCGUCCACUCACCCCAUGCGCUCAUGCUGCAGGAUGUGAAAGCUGUGGUGACUCACUCAGUCCAGAGCGGCAUACACUCUAUCGGUGGUGUGCAGGUCCUCUUCCCACUGUUUGCACAGCUGGAUUACUGCCAGCCUUCCAGCAACGAGCUGGACACCUCUGUCUGCUGCACUUUGCUGUCCUUUGUGAUGGAGCUCUUGAAGAACUCAGUGGCUAUGCAAGAGCAGGUCUUGGCCUGCAAAGGCUUCCUCGUCAUUGGCUAUACUUUGGAAAAGUCUUCCAAGGUGCAUGUGACGAGGCCCGUCCUGGACAUUGUACUGGCCUUUUCCAGAUACCUUAGCAACUUGCAGAAUGGGAUCUUGCUGCUCAAGCAGCUGUGUGACCACAUUCUGUUCAACCCUGCCAUCUGGAUCCAUGCCCCUCCCAAGGUGCAGUUGACACUCUACACCUACCUGGCGACAGAGUUCAUCAGCACAGUGACCAUUUACAACGCUGUUCGCAGGGUGGGCACUGUGCUUCAAAUCAUGCAUACACUAAAAUUCUACUACUGGGUUGUCAACCCUCAGGACCGCAGUGGAAUCGUACCCAAAGGCCUAGAAGGUCCAAGGCCAAAUCAGAAGGAGAUACUCUCUUUGCGAGCCUUUCUGCUGCUGUUUGUCAAGCAGCUCAUAAUGAAGGAUCAUGGAGUGAAGGAAGAUGAGCUACAGAGUAUCCUCAGCUACCUCCUAACCAUGCAUGAGGACGACAAUCUCAUGGAUGUGCUGCAGCUGCUGGUCGCUCUCAUGUCUGAGCAUCCUGGAUCCAUGAUUCAGGCCUUUGACCAGCGAAAUGGGAUUCGUGUGAUUUACAAGCUUUUGGCUGCCAAAAAUGAGGGAAUAAGAGUCCAAGCACUCAAAGUUUUGGGCUACUUUCUGAAACACUUGUCACCAAAGAGGAAAGCAGAGGUCAUGCUGAGUCAUGGCCUGUUCUCCCUGCUCACCGAACGCCUGAUGCUCCACUCCAGCCACUUCACCAUGACAAUGUACAAUGUGCUUUUUGAGAUUCUUACAGAGCAGAUCUGCACUCAAGUGAUCCAUAAACAGCAUCCGGACCCCGACUCCACUGUGAAGAUUCUCAACCCACAGAUUCUGAAGGUAAUAGCUGCUCUGCUGAAGAACUCUCCCCCCUCUCAAGAGAGCAUGGAGGUGCGCAGGGUCUUUCUGUCAGACAUGAUCAAACUGUUCAAUAACAGCCGAGAGAACCGCAGGAGCCUGCUGCAGUGCUCGGUGUGGCAGGAGUGGAUGCUCUCUCUGUGCUUCAUCAACCCGCAAAACAACGAGGAGCAGAAAAUCACAGAGAUGGUGUACGCCAUCUUCCGCAUCCUGCUCUACCACGCCAUCAAGUAUGAGUGGGGCGGCUGGCGAGUCUGGGUGGACACCCUGUCCAUCACGCACUCCAAGGUCACCUUUGAGCAACACAAAGUGAAUCUGUCCCGUAUGUUCCGUCAGUACCAGCAUCAAGAGUCCACCGGCACAAUUCGCUCCAUCUCUGGUGUCAGCCAAAGCUCUGAGACUAUGGAAUGUGUUAAUGGGCCACCUGCAGAGGAAACCGCUCCCUCCACUGUCAUUGAGCUGACUGUGGACAAGCUGUCUCAGAAAUCCCCUGAUUCAGCAUCCAGUUCCACCAUUACUUCCAGCCCGCUGGAGGUUGAUGAUGAAAGGGGACAGGCAUCCAUCACUGUGUCCAACAUCCUGGCUGGGGCCAAAGACGAAGAACAAGAGCAACAGCAGCUGGUGGAGGAGUCUACCAGAGAUAGCUCGGGUGUCAGAGAGGAGACACAAAAAGGUGCUACAGAGCAGCCGAGUGAAGACGUCAACAAAGAGAAAGCACAGACUUCUACUGGAAAAACUGCACAACGUGAAACGGCUGACACGAAAGCGGUGGACGAGGGUAAAGUCUCUGCACCAUCUGGUAGCGAUGAUGCACAGACACCUGUAACAGAUGAUGAAAAAUCUGAAAGUGAACAGAACAAAGGUGACUCGUCAAACUCAAUGACAGAAGACUCUUUAAAUGAAGCAGAGGCUGAACCGCCAGCAGCUUCAGAGCGAGAAAACAGCGUGCUCGGUGGAGCUUCCGUCCUCAAUGAGGACCUGGUUGACGUGUCAUCUGUUAGCGACCAGGUCCAUCCUAGCGAUGCUGAUGACAGCCAAGAGGAGUCCUCUUAUGCUUCUGCUGCCACCGGAGAGGAAGGUGGGGAAGUGAAGAAGGACGAAGACGAACAAAAAGAUGGGGGUGAAGAACAGGAGCUGAAUAAGGAAGAAGAAAAAGUUGAGACACAGGAAAGUGAAGUGAAACAGGCGCCUUGUGUGAAAAGCCAGACUCCUCCAGCUGAAAUACCUGAGAAAAGUGUCACAGAAGCACCUAAAGAAAAAGCUGGAGAUGAACAGUCUUCCUCCAUAGCUGAAACUACUACUACAAGCCAGCAGCCCUCAGACACCACACCGCCAUCUACAGCCCAGGAGGUUACAGCGGCAUCAGACUCCACUGUAGAUGUCCAGCCAUCAGAGACCAGCGGUGCCACUGGAGAAGAAACCCCAUCUGGUGCCGCUGACAGUAGCACCACCACCACCUCUACCAGCUCCGACACUCAGAAGAGUGCAGAGUCUGUCAGCAAAACCAAAGAAAUCAAAAUUGCCAGACUGGACGUGUCCAAUGUGGCCUUAGACACCGAGAGACUUGAACUGAAGGAGACCUCUGCAACAGAAACAAGCCAAGGUCAGUCAGCAGCUGCUGCAUCAACAGCCACAGGAAGCUCUUCAGGCCAGCCAGCAGACAGCAGCACCUCUGCACCUCGCUCCACCAUGUUUCGCAUCCCAGAAUUCCGCUGGUCCCACAUGCACCAGCGUCUCCUCGCUGACCUGCUCUUCUCGAUUGAGACAGAUGUCCAGAUGUGGAGAAGUCACUCCACAAAGACGAUUCUGGACUUUGUAAACAGCAGUGAGAAUGUGGUGUUUGUCCACAACAGCAUACACCUCAUAUCCCAGGUGGUGGACAAUCUCGUCAUGGCUUGCGGAGGCAUUUUACCUCUGCUCUCAGCUGCCACAUCUUCCUCCCAUGAGCUAGAAAACAUCGAGCCCUCCCAUGGCUUGUCAGUGGAGGCUUCGGUCACCUUCUUGCAGCGCCUCAUCAACCUUGUGGACGUUCUUAUUUUUGCCAGCUCGCUCAACUUCACAGAGAUAGAAGCUGAGAAAAACAUGUCAUCCGGAGGCAUCCUCCGGCAGUGCCUUCGCCUCGUGUGUGCUAUCGCAGUGAGAAACUGUCUGGAGUGUCAGCAAGUCCAGUUUAAGAACGGCGCAGACAGCUCAGCCCGCAGCUACACAGCCAUGCCCAGCACUUUGCUUGGAACAGCCAAGUCUGCAUCUGCGCAGAGUCCUGUUGAUGCUGUGACAGGUGGCAUGUCUCCAGUGAGAGAUUUAGACCGGCUGCUUCAGGACAUGGACAUAAACCGCCUCAGGGCUGUCGUCUUCAGAGACAUUGAGGACGGUAAGCAGGCUCAGUUUUUGGCUCUUGCCGUCGUCUACUUCAUCUCAGUCCUCAUGGUGUCCAAGUACCGUGACAUCCUGGAGCCCCACAAUGACAAGAAACACCCUCAACGCUCCCAGUCUGCAAGGAGUACAGGUAGCACAGAAGGAGAGAACGGCUUCUCUCUGCGCCGGUAUGAUUCCGGCAUCGGAGAUGACCACACCUCAACUGCCGCAAGCGACGCAGAUCUGUCAUCCUCCGGUGGAACUCACGGUCCCGAUGCCAUUUCAGAGGCCUUGUCCACGCUGUCAUCUGAGGUCAGACCUGCUCUGUCUGCUGACUCAAAGGGUAAAAAUGUGAAGGACAUUCUGCGCAGCCUGGUGAGCGGUCCAGCUGAUGAUAUCGUGGUGGAUCCAAGCCUGUUGCCGCCAGCGUUCCUGGGAAGUGUGAGCGAUGCGGCCAGAGAACCAUCGCAACAGUUCCGCUCUUUUGAUAGAAGCGUCAUCGUUGCACCAAAGAAAGCGGGCGUGAUGCCAUCUCCAGGCACUUCCACCCCCGUCCUGACAACCGCCUCCGCCUCCGUGUCUGGUGGGACACCUAUCGAUAGCGUCUCUGUGGUAUCUUCUAGCGACGCCUCCCAGAGCACCUCUGCAGACUCUGCAGCCUCAGGCGGCCAGGUUCCAGCCAGCACUAGCCUGCCAUCUGUCCCCCCACUCUCCCCUGUGACCCAGAACACAGCCCCCAAUAUGAGUAUCUCGGAGCGUUUGGAGCAUGCCCUUGAAAAGGCAGCUCCCCUGCUGAGGGAGAUCUUUGUGGACUUUGCCCCUUUCCUCUCUCGCACUCUGCUGGGCAGCCAUGGACAAGAGCUCCUUAUUGAGGGCACCAGUCUGGUGUGCAUGAAGUCCAGCAGCUCAGUGGUGGAGCUUGUCAUGCUUCUGUGUUCCCAGGAAUGGCAGAACUCCAUCCAGAAGAAUGCCGGCUUAGCCUUCAUCGAGCUGGUAAACGAAGGCAGGCUUCUGAGUCACACCAUGAAGGACCACCUGGUUCGUGUGGCUAACGAAGCUGAAUUCAUCCUCAGCCGACAGAGGGCCGAAGACAUUCAUAAACAUGCAGAAUUUGAGUCUAGCUGUGCUCAGUACGCAGCAGACAAACGUGAUGAGGAGAAACUGUGCGACCACUUAAUCCGUGCGGCCAAGUACCGCGACCAUGUGACAGCCACGCAGCUCAUCCAGAAGAUAGUCAACAUCCUGACUGACAAACAUGGAGCCUGGGGCAGCUCUUCCAUAAGCAGGCCGAGGGACUUCUGGCGCCUAGACUACUGGGAGGACGAUUUAAGACGGCGACGUCGCUGCGUCAGGAACCCCUUUGGAUCCAGUCACUCAGAAGCUACGCUCAAAGCUGUGGCUGAACAUGUGGCUGAUAUAAGUGCAUCCGAGGACGAUAUUCUCAAAGGCAAGCAGUCCAUCAGGAGCCAGGCUCUGGGAAAUCAAAACUCAGAGAGCGAGGCAUCCCUUGACGGAGAUGAUGACACUCUGUCGUCACUAGAGGACAAGGACCUGGAGAACGUCACAGGCCCAGUAAACAUGAGCACCAGCGCUCAGCUCGUGGCUCCGGCUGUGGUAGUAAAAGGCACCCUGUCCAUCACCGCCUCCGAGCUCUACUUCGAGGUGGAUGAAGAGGAGCCCAGCUUCAAGAGCAUCGAUCCAAAGAUUCUAGCCUACACAGAAGGUCUUCAUGGAAAAUGGCUGUUCUCGGAGAUUCGUGCCGUCUUUUCCAGACGCUACCUCCUGCAGAAUACUGCUUUGGAAGUCUUCAUGGCCAACAGGACGGCAGUUAUGUUCAACUUCCCAGAUGCAGCCACAGUAAAGAAGGUGGUUCACAGUCUUCCUCGUGUUGGCGUGGGCACGAACUUUGGCCUUCCACAGACCAGACGCAUCUCUCUGGCCACACCUAAGCAGCUGUUCAAGGCGUCCAACAUGACUCAGCGCUGGCAGCGCCGUGAAAUAUCCAACUUUGAGUACCUGAUGUUUCUCAACACCAUCUCUGGCCGUACCUAUAAUGACCUAAACCAGUACCCAGUCUUUCCAUGGGUCAUCACCAACUAUGACUCAGAGGAGCUUGACCUCACUCUGCCCAGCAACUUUAGAGAUCUGUCUAAGCCCAUCGGUGCUCUUAACCCCAAGAGGGCAGCAUUCUUUUCAGAACGAUAUGAGACCUGGGAGGAUGAUCAGGUGCCGAAGUUCCAUUAUGGCACCCACUACUCCACCUCGAGCUUCACCCUGAUGUGGCUGCUACGUAUUGAACCCUUCACCACGUUCUUCCUUAACUUCCAAGGAGGAAAGUUUGACCAUGCUGACCGCACUUUCUCCUCAGUAUCCAGGGCUUGGAGGAACUGCCAGAGAGACACAUCUGAUGUUAAGGAGCUGAUCCCAGAGUUCUACUAUCUGCCUGAGAUGUUUGUUAACGCCAGCAAUUACAACCUGGGAGUGAUGGAGGAUGGCACUGUAGUCUCUGAUGUUGAUCUGCCACCUUGGGCCAAAACCCCAGAAGAGUUUGUGCGCAUUAAUCGACUGGCACUGGAGAGCGAGUUUGUGUCCUGCCAGCUUCACCAGUGGAUCGAUUUGAUCUUCGGCUACAAGCAGCAGGGACCCGAAGCCGCCAGAGCCCUCAAUGUUUUCUAUUAUCUGACCUAUGAAGGCGCAGUCAACCUCAGCUCGAUCAACGACCCCAUGCUCAGAGAGGCUGUGGAGUCUCAGAUUAGGAGUUUCGGACAAACCCCCUGCCAGUUGCUAAUCGAGCCACACCCGCCCCGAAGCUCGGCCAUGCAAGUGUAUCUUCUCCUGCAGACGCCUCUGAUGUUUACGGAGCAGAUGCAGCAGGAUGUUAUCAUGGUACUGAAGUUCCCAUCCAACUCUCCUGUGACACACGUAGCGGCCAACACCCAGGCAGGUCUGACGUCACCUGCCAUCAUCACUGUCACCGCCAACCGCCUCUUUGCGGUCAACAAGUGGCACGGGCUGACAGGUCAUCAGGGCUCAACGGUGCAGGACCAGCAGUACCAACUUCCUGUGGAAAUUGACCCUCUAAUAGCCAGUAACGUGGGUCUUCACCGUCGGCAGAUCGCAGAUCUGCUGGAUCAGAGCAUUCAGAUCAGCUCGCAGUGUUUUGUUAUCACGGCUGACAACCGCUUCAUCCUUCUAUGUGGUUUCUGGGACAAGAGCUUCCGGGUCUACUCCACUGACACAGGCAAACUGACCCAGAUAGUGUUUGGACAUCGGGAUGUGGUGACGUGUCUGGCACGCUCAGAGUCGUACAUCGGAGGCGACUGCUACGUCCUGUCGGGCUCGCGAGAUGCCACCCUGCUGCUGUGGUACUGGAACGGAAAGCACAGCAGCAUUGGAGAGAGCCCAGGCACAGGCUUUACCACACCAAGGGCCAUCCUUACAGGCCACGACUGUGAGGUGACUUGUGCAAGUGUGUGUGCUGAGUUGGGUCUUGUCAUCAGCGGCUGCAAAGAGGGUCCUUGUCUGAUCCAUUCCAUGAAUGGGGACCUGCUGCGGACCCUGGAGGGACCAGAGCGCUGCCUCCGGCCUCGCCUCAUCCAGUCUUCCGCCGAGGGACACUGUGUUAUCUAUUAUGACAAGGGACAGUUUUGCCUCUUCAGUGUCAACGGCAAACUGCUGAGGCACAUGGAAGUGGAAGACGGCGUCAAGGCUGUGCUCCUCAGCCGUGAUGGCCAAUACUUGCUGACAGGCGGCGAUGGAGGCGUAGUAUCUGUUUGGCAGGUCCACAACCUCAAACAGCUGUUCACCUAUCCGGGCUGUGACGCAGGAAUCCGCUCCAUGGCCAUGUCACAUGACCAAAGGUGCAUCAUAACCGGCAUGGCGUCCGGAAGCAUCGUCCUCUUCUACAACGACUUCAACAGGUGGCAUCACGAGUACCAGACCAGAUACUGAGGGUGAAAUCAGCAGCGACUUGACUGACAAGAGUUGAGGGGGGGCGGGGGAAAUCCAAACGGUUGCAAGUGUGAACUCUUAUCAAAAGCACUAUUCUGUCUAUAUCCUGAUAUCCUGAAUGUAACGAAAGAAAGAAAAAAAAACCCCAACCUGUCCUGUUAUUGCAAAAGAAUCAAACUAUUUUUAAAAAGGGCAUUGCUAUAUUUUGUAGAUCAGAUAGAAAAUUUUCAUACCAGUCUUAGGGUGGGGGUUAUGUUACUUUACGGUUAAAAACAAAUCUAUUUUUAGCUGUAAGAGUCUAUUUUCUUCUCAAAUAAGAAACGAGGGAUUUGUGGGAAGUUGGUGAGAAUCAUUUCUCUGUGACGUAAAAAUCCAAAUAUUUGUGUACUUUAGGGGUGAAUGAUUUUUUUUCUGUAGGUGUGUACGUGGUGAAUAAAUAUGAAGCUGUCAUUUAUUUUAACAUGCUUUUCCUGUUUUGGCAACACAGCACAUAGAUAUAAAGUGUUUGAGUAGAUGAAGCACAGAAAGAUAUUGAGGAGGGAAUAUACAUUUAUAUAAAUAACUAUAUAUAAAAUGUUUAAAUGUAGUCCUCCAUAUUUAAAAUUUUUACUCCCUCUGUACCUCCGUACUUGCUAAGAGAUUACGUUUGUGUGCAUGGCUCACUACUCAUAAAACAUCAGUGCAACCUCUUUGCGUUAUUUAAUACUUUGAACAUCAAAAACAUAAAACUUACUCUGUAAUGUUAAAAUCUGCUUUCAGCUCCUUUUAAGAUUUAUAUCCUUUAUGAGUGAGUAAGCAGUGAAUCUUGUUUUAUUCCCCCCCCCCCUGCUAAAAUCAAGAGCUGAGGCUUCAGCUCAUACCACCUCAGCACAGAGUCCACUUUGAGUCUAGUCUCCAAAGCAGUGAGGGGGAGGGACUUACCAUUUCCAUUUUUUUUUCUCUUUUUUCAUCACAGAAUGAGUGAUCGAUGUGAUUCAGUACUUAAAUGCUAAUCACACACAUUCUUUUGAUCUUUAGACAGUCGUCCUCUUACAUCUUUGAUUUUCAGGAAGCAUUCCUUUCUUUAAAGUUGUAUUUCUAAAAUGGUUUGAAUCUCCAGCAACACGGGAACUACUUUUAUCUAUCAACCAAUCCUUUUUUUUUUUUUUCCAAUCAGUUUGGAGUGUUUUUGUGUGAUGAGUUCUGACAAUAAAAUGGAAUUUUAU